GUGAGCCCUGCCAGCCUGGUACCAGUGACCCUGACACAGGGAGGGGUGAGCCCUGCCAGCCUGGUACCAGUGACACUGACACAGGGAGGGGUGAGCCCUGCCAGCCUGGUACCAGUGACCCUGACACAGGGAGGGGUGAGCCCUGCCAGCCUGGUACCAGUGACCCUGACACAGGGGGAGAAGCUGCCGUUAAGGGUCUAGUUAAGUGAUUGAGAGCUCAGUUGGAAUGAAAAUCAGCCGACACAGGGGGUCCCCAGGACCGGGUUUGAGAAGCCCUGGGCUAGGGUCUGUAAGAUGGGAAUUUUGCCUACAAUUGAUGACCAAAAAUAUUUACUAUAGAAGUUGUUUUAUAUGUGCAGAAAUCUACUUGUCACAUGUGGACUGAAUCCUAAACAACUUCCACAGUAAAUAUUUCAUUCUUGGUCAUCAAUUACCAUCUUCCAGACCUUGUCCUUUCACAAGGAACAGUCUCCUCAGUAAUGACUGGAGAACAUGCUGGGCUUCAUGAUUUCCCCAAUUAAAACCCCUUACAGACAAAUCAAAUCAUGAAGCCAGUGCUUCCUAUGCUGGCCCUACACCCUACUGACACUGACAUGGUGGUUCACUUAUUCCGAACCCCCUUCACAACGCUGUUCCAGUCAGAUUGCAGGGCAGGGAUUACUUCGGAUCUCUCUCCCUCCUCCUGCUGCUCUUUCUGCCCCCCUCCCCCCAUCAUACAGUCAGCCCCGCUGGUUUUGAGGAUGCAUGUUUUAUGAACCUCAGGAAAUAUUCAGGCUCUGUGGCUCUGUUCCCACCAGCUUGCUGUUGGAAAUAUUCCCCCUGGAGAAACCCUAUAGCAGAAGCAGCAAUGGAAUUGAAAUAUUGCAGUGUGUUCCUGGCACACCGUGAUGUAUAAUGUGUUCCUACCAUUGGGAUUCUAUUGGUAUGUUAAGAUAGGAAAAUGCUACCACAGUGAUAUUGUACCAGUGGACUCGCACUAUUACCUCUUAGUUCUGAACCAAUGCAACUCUGAUCACCUUGGAACGAGGUAUUAAACACUGUACCAAACAAACCUCUAAUCACUGUAACCUUGAGAUGGUGCGGCUGGUCGUGUGUUGUGCUGUGCUGCUGUCUGCAGUUUGCCCCUUUCCUCACCUUAUCAGCAGAUCUAGUGGUCUGGUAGUAAAAAGCUCACUGCCGGGGUGUUGCUAUGCAGAAUAGGCUGGGGCUUGAGCCUCCUGCGCUGUGAUUGGUGGUUUGAGAGUGGCUGCAGGCACCUGUCAAACCCAGUUGAGCUCCAAUCCCUAGCAGCUCUCUCUACCUCCUUCAGUGGAGCGAAGGAGAGGUAUGAUAAAUGAGCCUUUAGGGAGGCUCAAAAGGGACCUGCCUCCUCCCACUGCUCUCUUGGCCUUACCUGAAUUAUUAUAUUGUGUGUCAUGUUUUAUUGUCUGCAGUCUGGUUGCAGGGUUCAGGUGGGUGGGGGUUAAUCAAAUGAAUCAAAAACGACCCCCAGGCCUUGAAUUGAAUGUAUUUUGCGCUUGGGUGCGUGAAGCACCAUAUGAGAGACCCCCCCUCCUAAGACACACACACACACACACACACACACAUUUCUUCCAUCCUUAAGCAGCAGCAGUCUCGUCUAGCCCAGCCCUUUGUCUGUUUCUCUCCUGAGCGCAUUCAGUGGCUGCAGCAGCUCAGCGGGUUGCUAUGGCGAUGGAAUAGGGACCGGGGCGAUGUCAGGGUUGCUUCCCAAGUAGUUAUGAAGAUCCAUGCCUGUGGGAAACCAGUGCUCCCAGACUCUGAGAGCACAGCGAAUAACGGUGUUUCAGAAGCACCGAGCGACACGGGAAGCAAAGUGGAGAUGGUGUUCUGGAUGCUGUCCAUGCUGGCCUCGCGGGACCGGGAGGAGAUGUCCCGCACCCUGCUGACCAUGUCCAGCUCCCAGGAGAGCUGCUUGGCCAUGCGAAAGUCCGGCUGCGUGCCCCUGCUGGUGCAGAUCCUGCACGACGGGGCCGGGGCGGGACCGGGGGCAGGAGGCUGCAGCAGAGAGGCUCGCAACCGCGCCAGCGCUGCCCUGCACAACAUGGUGUACUGCCAGCAGGACGAGGGCCAGGCGCGCAGAGAGAUGAGGGUGCUGCAUGUGCUGGAGCAGAUCCGCGCACACUGUGAGGGGGGCUGGGACUGGCUGGAGGCACAGCGCAACACCGCCGCCCUGGAGGGCAAGAACAGUAGCACAGCCCUCCCUGACCCUGUGGAGCCGCACAUCUGCCAGGCCAUGUGUGCGGUGAUGAAGCUGUCCUUCGAGGAGGAGUACCGCAGAGCCAUGAACGAGCUGGGUGGGCUGCAGGCAGUGGCUGACCUCACUCAGCUGGACUAUGAGCUGUAUGGCAUGAACAGCGACCCUCUGAACAUGGCACUGCGGCGCUACGCUGGCAUGGCACUCACCAAUCUCACCUUCGGGGACGUGGUCAACAAGGCUAUGCUCUGCUCGAAGAAAGGCUGUCUGCAGGCGAUCGUGGCCCAGCUGGCUUCAGACAGUGAGGAGCAGCACCAGGUUGUCUCCAGUAUCCUGCGGAACCUGUCGUGGCGGGCGGACAUCAACAGCAAGAAGGUCUUACGGGAGGUGGGCAGUGUGGCCGCGCUGAUGACCUGCGCCCUGCAGGCAACCAAGGAAUCGACCCUGAAGAGCCUGUUGAGUGCCCUGUGGAACCUGUCUGCCCACAGCACGGAGAACAAGGUGUCCAUCUGCUCUGUGGACGGGGCCUUGGGCUUCCUGGUCAGCACGCUCACCUACAAGUGCCAGAGCAACUCUCUGGCUAUCAUUGAAAGCGGUGGAGGGAUCUUAAGGAACGUCUCCAGCCUUGUAGCUACCCGGGAGGACUACCGGCAAAUCCUCCGAGACCACAACUGCCUACAGACCCUCCUGCAGCACCUGCGAUCCCACAGCCUCACCAUCGUGAGCAACGCCUGCGGCACUCUGUGGAACCUGUCUGCCCGGAGCCCCAAGGACCAGGAGCUGCUGUGGGACCUGGGGGCGGUUAGUAUGCUGCGCAACCUCAUCAACUCCAAGCACAAGAUGAUAGCCAUGGGCAGUGCCGCGGCUCUCAGGAACCUCCUCACCAACCGGCCGCUGAAGUACAAGGACGCCGCUGUCAUCUCGCCAGGCUCAUGCAUGCCCUCCCUCUACAUGAGGAAGCAGAAGGCUCUGGAGGCAGAGCUGGAUGCCAAACACUUGGCUGAGACCUUUGACAGCAUAGAGAAGCAGCAGAACUCCAAGCACCCCAGCAUCAACAAGCCCCUACGCCACAUCGAGAGCCUGUCUAAGGACUACGCCUCGGAUUCGGGCUGCUUUGACGAUGACGAGGCUCCUAAUAACUCCACCAGCUUGGACACCAGCAGCUUCUCUGCAAUCUCCAUGUUCCUCAACUCCUCCAACUUCCUCCAGAGUCAGCCCCGCAAGAAGGCAGGAGAACCUGAGAGGGAUACCAACUCCCAGCCAGAGGAAUGCAAGAAGAUCCAGCCAGAGGAUGACGAGGUCUCCCUGGCAGCAGAAAAGCUGGCCAAGAAGAUCUCCACCACAGUAGCCAAGAUUGACAAGCUGGUGGAGGACAUCACCAUGCACACAUCCUCAGAGGACAGCUUCAGUCUGAGCUCCGAGGAUCACUUUGUGGACUGGCAGUAUGGUUCAGACGAGCUCCACGAAGCCAGGGCCAAGUCCUGCUCCCCCUGCCGGCUGUCGGACACCAGCAGCUUUGCCAGGAGGGAGCGUCUCAGCAGGGCCCAUGCCCUCCUGCGCCUCAAGACUGCCUACACCAGUCUGUCCACGGACAGUCUGAACAGCGGCAGCACCAGCGACAGUUACUGUGGCAGCAAGGACCAGGUCAGGCCCUCGGCAAGGUCGGCCACCAUCCAGAGACGGCCCACCAGGCUGGAUCUGAAGGUGGCCCAGCAAGACUACCCGGAGAAAAGCAGCCAGAGCCACAAGGAUGUAGAGGAAAGGGCAGUUGAGGGGAAGAGAAACAUGGCCGUGCCAAACCAAAGCAGCACAGAGAAAUGCCAAGAACCACCUCCACCGACACCAGCUACCCUGACAUCAAAUACCUCUGAAGUCAGUGUGCCAACCAUAAAAUAUUCACCAUCCUACCAGCAUGUCCCCCUGAUACAGAGCGUAUCUAAGUUUGGGGUUUCCAGAAAUCCAGUGAGCCCCCAUGCACCCCAAGGACCAAGAAAACAAGCCUGGCUCCCAACUGUAGCAAACAGUACAAACUUAGGCAAGCUGUCCUCCAUGGGGUCAGCCCGCAGCCCAACCCUGGCCCAGCUGGAAACUGUGCAGAAGUACUCAGUGGAGAACACUCCUAUCUGCUUCUCUCGCUGCAGCUCCUUGUCCUCGCUCUCCUCUGGGGAUGGAGCUCUCGACGGGCAGAGCCACAGCGAGAACGAGCUGGACAGUGACUCCUCACUGGAGAUCAUUGAAGUGGAAGAAUGCGAACCGGAGAAGACAGAGGAAGACUGUUCUGAAGACCUCAGUGAAGACCGCCUGGAUCUCCCCGAGCAGAAGCAGUUCAUAAGCAGCAGCAGCAUCUCCUCCUCCCAGCCCAUCGAGAUCCCCUGCCCUGCCAAAAGGGAGAAAGUAUUCCUGCGGGAGGUCUCACCAGCCAGGCAUGAAGACAUGACCCCCUCCAGCUCCUCUGAGAACUACAUCCACGAAACCCCGCUGGUGAUGAGUCGCUGCAGCUCAGUGAGCUCGCUGGGGAGCUUUGAGUCACGAUCCAUCGACAGCUCCAUCCAGAGUGACCCGUGCAGCGAGAUGAUUAGUGGCACCAUCAGCCCCAGUGACCUACCUGACAGCCCUGGCCAGACCAUGCCGCCGAGCCGCAGCAAGACCCCCUGCUGCCUGGAUCCCAGUGGGCAGGAGAGGGAAGGAGGGCAAUGGGAGAGCAACCUCCGCAAAUUCAUGGAAAUCGCAGACUUCAAGGAGCGAUUCAAUUUGCCUCCAGACUUGGACACCAUGAUCUACUUCACUGUAGAGAAGCCCACCGAGAACUUCUCUUGUGCCUCCAGCCUGAGUGCUCUGCCGCUCCAUGAGCACUAUAUCCAGAAGGAUGUGGAGCUCAAGCUCAUGCCUCUGCUCCCAGCUCAGGAGAGCCUCAACUUUACAGAAAACCAGUUAGAAAGGGAGGAGGCUUGGGAGAAGCGUUCCCUACUGGGGCUGGAGAAGUCUACAGAGAGAUAUGGAGAGGGCAACUCCGAUGACGACAUUGAGAUUCUGAAAGAGUGCAUUAACUCAGCCAUGCCUUCGAAGUUCAGGAAAGUCAAGACCACACUGAUGUCCAGUCUGUCCACCCAGGUCCUUAACUCCCAAGCCCGCAAGUCCAUGCAGCUACCCGUUUAUAUGCUGGUGCCUACUCACACCACUCAGAUUGCUUCUGGGAAGAACGGCAGACCUGAUCAAGAUUUCCUCCAAGAUGAUUCCUCGUUUACAGAUUCAGCCGAGGGAACACCAGUAAAUUUCUCCAGUGCUGCAUCCCUGAGCGAUGAAACCCUUCAGUAUCCCCUGAAGGAUGAGCAAGUCUUAAAAGACCAACGGGUCAGGAGAAUGGAAAGACAGGUUCUGAUUCCAGUGAAAGGGAAAAGCAUGGAUGAUCCCCAUUCGUUCUCCCACUUAUUGAAAUCCACCAGUAUGGCUGGCCAAGGUGAUGUGGCAGGUAACGAGUCAAACAAGGUUGUCAAGAGAGUGAUGCCAGCGCAGGGAAUGCCAGUGCAGAAUAAGAAUAUGACAGGUUCGCCGCACAGAAGCAGAGACCAAACCCCUGCCCACCUCUACCAAAGACGGGAACAAAGCCAGCCCAAGAACCUGCCCAACCUAAACCUUCCUGUCAGGAAGCAAACUGCAGAAGCAAAACAGAGCCAGACUCCGAAGCAGCUUGACAGGGAGUACAUCCAUGGAAACGUGGCAUUCCAGUCAAUGCGCCACACUACACCUACUGAGGAAGCCAUUUACUGCUUUUACGAUAAUGAUCUGAUGGAUGCAGAGAGGAAGGAUUGCAGGGUAACAAGUAGUGGGAAGAAGCACGGUAAGGAGGUUGGCCGAAGCAUUCCUGCACGGACCAUACCUGAGGCAGAUCUGCACCAGCACCAGUCAUUCCACCGGCAAAAAAGCAUGGUUAGUAAGGUCAAGCACAAUAUGAUCAUGGAUGAAACGCCUCCUUGCUACUCCCUGAGUUCCUCACUGAGCUCCUUGAGUGAUGUGGAUCUACAGGAACACGAAGGAAAAGUCCACCAAGUGUGGACCAAAACCAGGCGUCAGGGGGCUCUGAGCCGGGCCCGUGAUGCUGCCAAUGCUCACGUUAUAAAAAGCAGAGCUAUGAAUGAUGAGGACAGUUCACCUAGCUCCAUCAGCCUGGACUCAGACGAUGACUUGGUGCAGAGGUGCAUCACCUCAGCCAUGCCCAUGCACAGGAGACGGCACUCUGCUCGGAGAAGGAAAGCUGAGAGGAAGCAGAAGCUGAAGAGCAACCUGCAGAAAGCUAUGGAAGGCUGGAGCUCGGCUAGAGACCAGAGGAGUGACGAUGUGGUAUCUGACAAAGACUCGGACCUCAACAGCGUGGAGUGGAGAGCUAUCCAGGAAGGAGCCAACUCUAUUGUGAACAAGCUCCAAGCUGCCUCACUCACCAAAGAACCUUCUUCUGAAUCAGAGUCUGUCCUCUCCUUUAUGUCAGGACUGUCUGUGGGUUCCACCAUCCAGCUGACCCUGGAGAGUAGGGACAAGAAGGCUGCACAUAAAGACAGUAAGGAACAUGGCAAGAGCCCCAAAAUAGCAGACAGCAGAAAUUCCAGAACACAGCUAGACUUUGGCCAGCAUAAGCCAGUGCCUAACUUGCCUGUUGUUUUCCGGGGCCGGACGGUGAUCUAUAUGCCCACCACAAACAAGAACACUGCCAGCCCACAGAGGUCCACGCCAAAGAAGAUGUCACCCAAGACAUCACCUAAGACUGAAACUACAGUAAAAAAUCCCAACCUGGCCCAGCAAAGGUCUCUGAGCCUGCACAGACUAGGACGUCCCAGAGACAUGACCGAUCUCACAGUGCCGAAAAGGAGUGUAACACCCCCAGCCAGGAUGACGAAGGGGGGAUCUUCGGGGUCAUCCCAAAACUCAACACCAUCAAGACAGCCUCAAAAGAAGCUGACCUCCCCCACACAAGCUGGCAAACAGCUGCCAACCAAGCCUUUCAACCGCACUGUGGAGAGGAAAACUAACAGCACUGCCACCCCUUCCGCCCCCAAGACUAAUACAAACACAAAAUCACCAGUUCACAAAAAAACUCAGAAAUCCCCCGUCCGCAUCCCCUUUAUGCAGGCUUCAAGCAAGCAAACCGGACAGUCUAGGACUAUAUCUCCUUUCCUGAAUAACCAGCCCCCCAGCGGCCCUAGACCGACCACACAGCUGCCGGGAAAGAGGUUUCUGACCCCAAACAGACUGGAGCUGGUCCGAAUGUCCUCCACCCGUUCCAGUGGCGGCGAGUCUGACCGAUCUGGUUUCCUGAGGCAGCUGACCUUCAUCAAGGAGUCCCCUAGCCGUCUGAGGCAGAGGGGUGAGUUCCCUUCCUCAAGAUCAGUCCCCACGUCCCAGUGUGCCUCCCCCCGAAAAACCCAAACAACCUCACCGGCUGUGUUCCUCUGCUCCUCGCGCUGCCAAGAGCUGAAAGCAGGGGGACAAGGGCAGGGGAGCCAGAGGCAGGGCCAGCCACUCUCCAGAGCCAGCUCCGGGGACAAACACCCAGCUGGGAAACAUCCGGCCAGGAGAACCAGUUCUGAAAGCCCCUCUAGGGUCCCCCAGAAGAAAGCCCUCGGAUCCUGUCAACAAGAGAGAGAGACCUUCAAGAGGCACGCUUCCUCUCCUCACAUCAACGUGCUUAAGAGGGCCACCAGCCCCUCCUCUAUUCUGUCCUCUUCCUCUGACUCCAGUGGGAAGGCAAAGAGCGAGGAGGACAGAAAGACAAGGCAGCAGAGACAAAUGCAGCAGCAGCAGGGGUCUCCGCGGGAGAACGGCAAAGUCACCUGGAGGAGGAUCCGGGAUGAAGAUGUACCCCAUAUCCUGAAGUGCACGCUUCCUUCCACCGCUCUGCCUCUUUUGCCAUCCCCCGACGGGCACAAGCAGAUGCCACCGCCGCACGGGAAACUGCCCACUGUGUCGAAGCCGUCCAGGAAAACGAGUGACGCCACCGUGCAGACAGAGAACCUCUGCAUCACCAAAACCAACUCCAGCACCUCGCCCAGCAUGGAAAAGGCCCUGCCGAUCACAGAAGAGGCCACCAAGAGUGUCCCCUACAGGAAGAUCAGCACGGCUUCUGGAGGGAGCAUACCCAUUCUGGAGGGGGAGCUGGCUGAGUUUAAGAACCACAACACCAUCACCUCCUCUUCCUCCAACCCGGGAGAUGGGCACACAGGAGGAGUUGGGCACUUCCGACAGAGCUCUCCCAGCAGAGCGGUCAGGGUCACCCCUUUCAACUACAUCCCCAGUCCCAUAGCAUGCGGGUCGCAGAGUAUCCAGAUCCGUGUGCCAACGCUCAACGAAAAGCCAGGAGAGAAGCUGGAAGCUUAAAAUGCAAAAGGCGUCUUACUGCCAAACCACAUCCGUCCUUGAAAUAACUGCUUAGGUACGAAUUGUGCUGCUCAGGUUGGCUUGCAGGGAAGAUGCAGGAGCAGCAUUCAAGGUUCUUUGAAUGAACCCCUUUUCCUCUGGAACUGUCCGUGUCUGGUAGCUCCAGUGUGCCUCCCCACCCCCUGCGCGCAUCAGGAAUACUUAUACUGCACACUAGUCCCUUUCAAACCGCUGUAAUUAAUGUGAACCACCACAAAUCUGUACAAAACUUGGUGCUGUAGAAGGUAGACUCUGGAUACUUUGCAGACUUUUGACAUGAUAUUGUUUGUGCUUAGUUCUGGGCAGACAACUGGGUCAGAAAAUAGGUUCGGGAAACCUAUUCUGAAAUCUGCUGAAGAGAGAUGCGGUUUAAGGUGCACCUUUUUUGUACUUUUUAUACUUGUAAGUAAGACUUUACCAGUUAGCAGUGUUGAGUAAUUUAAAAAAAAACAAAAAAAAAAACAGACAGAAUGUUUGAGCUAUGCAGGUAUGAGGAUUUUUACAUGGUUUGUGCAGUUAAUGUGAACAGUGCCACACUGAACCAGUGCUGGAAUUUGCACAUUGACAGAGCUCUUAGAUGUAUUCAGAGACUGUUCUCCUCCAAACAGCACCUCUCUAUAGUCAAGAUCUAAACUGGAUUUCAUUUUUUUGGUUGGAAGGAGGUUUUGAAAUGAAUGCGGAUUGGAAAUGCGACUGUUACAUUUUGCAAAAGGAUGCCUUUUAAAGGGUGCAUGAGGACCUUUUUAUUUUAUUGUGUUACAUGUUCCCAUAUGUUGCUACAACUGUUUACGUAAGGUGUGUGUGUUUUAAUUUUUUUUUUCUUUUUUACAUUUUGAUCCUUUUAAACUUUUAAAUUGCAUUCCCUGCCUCAAGAAGGCUUCACAUGUACCUGCAUGGACCGCGGAACUACAUUUCCCAUCAUCCUCCUGCUCACUGGUAAAUCCAUCUCGGUUACAUAUGUGAGCAGGAGGAUGAUGGGAAAUGUAGUUCUGAGAGGUCCAUGCAGGUACAUGUAAAGCCAUCUUGAGGCAGGGAAUGCAAUUUAAAAGUUUAAAAACGUGGUCAAAAUCAAUCAAUCAAUACACACACCUUACGUAAACAGUUGUAGCAACACAUGGGAACAUGUAACACAAUAAAAUAAAAAGGUCUUUAUGCGCCCUUUAGUCUCAAUAACAGUCCAGCCCUGAAUGUGGCAUCUGUUGUAAUAAAACUGGACCUAGGAGGGAGGAGUCACUAACCAAUCUUUUCUGUUAAUUGCACAGAAACCGAAAGACUACUCUCCUACUGAAUUCUGUCAAGCUAUGUUUGGCUUGGGACAGUAUUAGUUCCUUACCUGGGAUAAGGUAAGGGCUCUGGCUAGUUUAGUAAACUUUACACACGGACUGCAUUCUGAACUGGAACAGCAUUGCGGAUUCAAAUCCGCCAGCUUGUCAGCUUAGGACUCCUAGGAACUGACAGCUGCAUUACGACUCUGUAAACAGAUAUUAUAUCAAAGGGAACUUGCUGUCACUAUUUUGUUUUCAAUAGCUGUUAUUGAUCUGGCUUUGUGACUAAUUAUUAAACCAGCUGGGUAGCUUAAUGAAUUUUGCUGACUGCCAUUAGCGUUCGCCUCUGGAAUCAGGUCACCGAAGUGAACACCAACAACUGAAAAUCAUUCUGAGGUCGGUUUUGACAAUAUGAGAAUUAGACUAGUAAAUGUUCUCAGAUACGCUGCUGAAAUGAUUCUACUCAAUUUAGCAAGUACUGUUGUCAUAUAGUUUAGAGAAGGGGAUAAACUCUGGAAGCAAGGUCAUUCUCUACAGGCUUGUUUGCAUUGAAGCUAUAUUAUUUUGCAUCCAAUUUAUCCCCCCUCCCCUUUUUUUUUUUACUGUGUAAUGUCCAAUUUACCUUUUUUUGUCAUCCAAUUAGGUAAAUGAAAAUUGUACAGUACAGCAAGUUUUUAAAUAUAGAUUGAAAUCCAAAUUCAGAAGAUUUUUUUUCUGUCUUGGCCUGGGAUAUUUAGUGUUAUGCUAACAGCACUACCGUGACUCUGUGUAAAAUGUGUUGCAUUUGUAAGCUGUGUAUUCUUUACUGCCAGACAUGAAAGACUAGUAACAGCAAUGAUACAGAAAUGUCAGGCAUUCAGGAAAACCUCCUCCAAGCCCCCCCCCCCCCCGUCCUGCUGUACUCACAUGAGGGGGUAACAUGAUACAAAAAGAUCUGCUCGUCUACAGCGUUGCCUGCAGCCCUGUGCUGCAUAUCUGGUUAGGCAAUGUGGAUUUAACACCUGCUGACUGCCAAGAGUUCAACGUGUCCGUCAUGGAGUUCCAACAUGAUUAUUUUGUGCACAAGUGUCUGCCUACACCCAGAACAGCUUUGACAGAAUAUUGCCUUGGUUCUCAAUUGUGGAAGUCUCGUCAAGUCUUGUAUUAAAGCCACAUUGCCUGGCCAGGUUUGAAAUACAAUCCAACAUCAAGAGCUAUAAGCAAGUGGUGUCUUGAAAGCCAGCAAUCGAAUGUAAGCACUUCACUGCUAUUCCAGUAUGUCUUCGUUUGGAACUUGGUAUUUCUUCCCUUAGUGUUCCAAGUAGAAUAUUGUUCAUUUGGAGUUCUUUAGGUCAAAAAAAAUACCUUUUGCUUCAUUACCUUUGAAAGUGGCCAGUAUUGAUGCUUCCAUUUGAUGCAGCACGAGGCAAGACCAAUGACCAAGGCUUAUGUGGGUUAUAAUGGGUUCAGAUCCAUAGGAUUGUCCCCUUCAAUGUGGCAGACAUUUGGGGGAGGAGGGGGUCAGAGUGUUUUCUAUACCAGGUGACCAGGUCUGAAUGGGCAGUUAGCUUCCGCUCAAUGUGAUCUGCAGCAUUUUCACUUAAUAAUGUAUGUAUAAAGCUAAACAAAAAAAAAACUAUUUUACAACGUAUCCUUACACUAUGUAACACAGAAGAAACUGCACCUGAUACUGUAUUAAAAGCUUAUGCAAAACAGCCAGCCACUCUGCGCAGCAGCACCUGUUCAAGUAGAAACACAGUAUUUAUUCAUUCUGUUUAUUCAAUGCCCAUCCUGUAUAUCUGUCUGCAGGUAAAGCGAUUCUGCUGUAGUGAUUCUGUGUGUUCUACAAAAAAAGAUGCCUAAGAAAUAUUUUUUGUCUCUGAACUGCCCUCUCCUCAAUGCUGGUCCCCAGGUAUUCAAGUCCUGUGCUGGAACCCUUGGCAUUCUAUGUACUGCAUGGACUAAUGACUUCUAUAAAUAAAUGUUAUUUGAAUGGAGUCCUUUGGGCACUUUUUGUACAGAAUCACACAGGCAUACAGGUAUACUGCACAUGAAGGGGUCGAGUGGAACCAAGUGCCAGCCAUCAUUGUCAAAGCUGGGUUACACGUGGGGAAAUAGUUCAAACCCACAUGCCUAAACUCUGAAACAGCAGCAUGGGAGGCACAUAAGAAUGUCCCAAAUCCCCAUCGGCUUCUGCAGCUCUGCGUAACUUCAGCUCGAAACAUCGCACAAUAACUAACUUGAGGGUUAGGUCUGUGGUCCGCUGACCCCUUCAUCUAUACUUUUAAUCUGGAUAACAAGUGAUACGGAUUUUGUAAUCCUAUGUUUUGUGUUCGAGAUUAUUUUUAUCAGGACCGUUUUGAUCAGGUUUUUCAGAAAAUGUCACUGCUGGAUUACAUUUAUCCAGAUUAUAAAUAGUUACGAUUACAAAACCAGGUUUUUUCUUUUUUAAAGUAAUUUCAAUCACAAAAUAUAGGGUUACAAAAUCCGGAUCACUGUUCUCCAGAUUACAAGUUUUGAAAGACCGGCCCCAGAUGAUGGCACUAUGUUACACACUGUUUAUAUACAGUGUUGCCAUGGGCGUGUUCGUACCUCACGCUCAGUACUAUUAUGCAGCUAUGAAUUCUCACCUUUUUAAAUGUCCUGUGUGUUGGAGUCAUGCGCUGAGAGUUUUCAGUGUUUCUUAUAUCUCGCUCCUCUCUCAGACUGGGACACCGGACAGCUCCACAUAUGCCUGCCUGUAAAUAAUCAUAUACCCCUCCCUCUCCCUCUCCCUUCUCAUGGGGUAAAGGCCAUCUGUAAAUGUUACUGCAAAUGCUCAAAUGUAGUGCACCUUAGUGUUUUUUUUCAGUAUUAAAUAAAGGAUAACUUUACUUA